AUGGCGAGCUCGUUCAAGUGGGACCAUCCCAACGGCCGCGGGGUCCUACUCCCCGGCCAGACCCACUGCCACACCGGCAAGCUCGUCCCGUUCGACGACUACGACCUUGACGCGACGUGCGAGCUCGUGUGCUCGCCGUGCGGCCGCUUCCCCGAUCCCGACGCCCCUGUCAGGGUCAAGGGCACCGCUCACCUCGCGGGCGCGAUGGUCGGUAAGAGCGCAGACAAGGAGAACAGGGACGCGCGCACCAACGUCCCGCCCAUGGAGACCGCCGGUUGGGCGCUCAUGGGUUGCAAGCCGUGCGGGUCCGCCAAGCGUUGGAGCUGCUGCGGCACCUGCGCGGGCGGAUGCAGGAUGUGGUCGGAGGAGGGCUACGUCAUGACCGGAGGGCCCAAGCCUCCCGACGACGACGCCGACGCCACCGACGACGACGACGGCGCCCCAAAACUCGGCGGACCCCUCGAGGGCACCCCCGACGCCGCGGAGUUUGCGUCGUGGGACGGGUGCGUCGCCAUCCCGACCCCCGCGGUGGUGCCCCUCCCCGAACCCCGCCUCGAGGGCGCCCACGGCGAGCGCAUCGCGCGACUCACCGUCGGCAGGGGCGCGGUCACGUGCAUCGCCGUCAGCGGCUGCGGCACCAGGAUGGCGUGCGGCGGAUCCGACGGCAGUUGCGUCGUCUACGCGAUCGACCCGAGUGCGGACGAUCUCGCCCCGGAGUUCCUCUGCGCCGCGUACCCGGGCAAGCCGUUGACCAAACCCCGCACUCGCCGGCAAAAGAACGCCAACGCCGUCGUCUGCCUGGACUCCGACUCCGACGUCGAGGACCCCACCGAGGCUGGGCUCGACGCGGACGAGCUGGCGGAGAAGCGCGAGAGGGACGCGGCGGAGGCGGCGAGGGUCGAGAGCGAGGUCACCGAGGGCGGCCACGCGGGCGCGGUGUCGUGCGUCGCGUUCCACCCCGACGCCGCCUCUUUCUACACCGCCUCCGCCGACGGGACGUGCAAGCGUUGGAAGAUACCCGUCGUGUCCAACUCAGCGCACGCAACUGCGCUGAUGUCGACGUACGCGCACAAGAGGACGGAGGAGCGCGGCGCGGUUCGGUGCCUGCGAGUCUCCGACGACGGCGCCAGGCUGUACGUCGGCGGCGAGGAGGCGUGCCUCGCGGUGUACGACGCCGGCAGCGGCGACGUCAUCGCGCGCACGUACUCGCCCCGUUGGCCGGAGAAGGACAAGGACGGCCUCGGCGUCCCACCCGUCGACGACGAGGACGAGGACCCGGAGGCGGCGGAGAAGGCUGCCAAAGCCGCCGAGGCGAGGGCGGAGAGGGAGGCUGCGAUGACGCCGGAGGAACUCGCCGCGGUUCUCGACGCGGAGGCUGCCGCGGCGGAGGCCAAGGCGAAGUAUCUCGAAGAGAAGAGGUACCGCAACAAACCCAAGGGCUUCGGCGGGGUAAACACCGUGCUGUGCAUCGCGGGUGGCGCCGGCGAGUCGGGCGAUUUGGUCUUUACGGGCAGCCGCGAUUGCAACGUUCGAAGGUGGGCCGUCUCCGGCGACGCUCCCGUCGUCGAGAGGGUCAUCCCCGGGCACAAGGCGCCCGUCACCGCCAUCGCGGUGUCGAGGGACGGGAGCGAGCUCGUCACCGGCGGCGCGCGGGGCGACGGUGAGCUGCGCCACUACCGAUGGCAGCCCGUCGCGGGCGUGGAUGCCGAGUACGUCGACGGGAAGCUCAAAUCAUCCGCCGGGUCCUACGUCAGGGUUCGCACCAUACGCCGCGGGCCCGAGGGUUUCAAGGAGAGCGCGCACCCUGCCGGUGUCCUCGCGGCGCUCAUAUCCCCCGACGAGCGGUACCUGUACACCGUGGGCGCGAACGAGGGCGGCGUGGAGGUUGCGAUUUCCCGGUGGUCCGUCGAGACGGGCGCUGAGGAUAAGGAUUUCCGAAUCGAGACCAACCACCAGGGCGGCGUCACCUCCCUGUGCCUCUUCCCGGACGUCGCACCGCCGGGAUCCGACGCCGCCGUCGGCGUCGCGGCGGUCACGCGCGCCACCGCCGCGCGCGCGGGCGGAAGGAUCCUCACCGGAGGCGCCGACGGAUGCGUCGACCUGUGGACCGCGGAGAGACACGACGACGGCGCGGGGCAACAGCUCGCGGCGGAAAUCGCCCAGCAGGAGGCGGCGAUGACGGCGACGGAGUACCAGCGCGCGCAGGUCAAGUUGACCGCGCUGUCGCCCGAGCUGUCCCGGCCGGCGAUGGCGGCGCGCGGACGCAAGGAGCUUCCCGCGCUUGAAGCCGCCAAGUUUCCAAUCGACGAAGAAACCGGAACGAAAAAAGACCUCGAGGAUUUCACGGUGGAGGACUUCGAGCCUUUCACGUCCAAGGAGCUCAUCUCGAUGUGCUGCGCGCACGGGCUGCUGUUUAUCGACCCGAAGAAGCCGCCGGAGAGCAAGCGCGCGAUCGCGGAGAGGAUGGUGGCGUUCUUCCGGGAAGAGAAGGAGAAGGCCCGGAUCGCCGCGAGGGAGGAGCGCAUGGGACUGGCGCAGCCGGCGAAGCUCAGGGCGCGACCGCGGAUCCCGGGAAUCGAAUCCCCGGAGGAGAAAAAGAAACCCACGUCCGGAGAUGAAGAGAGCGAGGCGUCCGAGACGGAGGUGUCCGAGACGGAGCUGUCGGAGACUGAGGAGGAGGCGAAGAAGGAUGACGAGUGA